CAGAGGGCAGCACUACGUUUCCUUUGGUGCCGAAAAAACUUUUGCAAAUGGCUCUUUCCGGUUCACGCUGCUCUAGAGUUGACGUGAACGUGUUGUAUUUUUAAGAAUAUUUAGUUUAUUCUGAAUAUAAAACAAAUAAUAAAUAAACAUGGCUGAUGAUUGGGAUGAGGUUGUUGCCGGAGUGCCAGCACCUAAAAUUGCUGAACUUCCAGAAAUCAAACUUUUCGGCAGGUGGAACUGUGAUGAUGUCCAGGUUUCAGACAUGUCCCUCCAGGACUACAUCGCCGUAAAAGAGAAGAAUGCCAAAUACCUUCCUCACUCGGCUGGUCGUUAUGCCGCCAAGAGGUUCCGUAAGGCACAGUGCCCAAUCGUUGAACGAUUGACAAACUCUUUGAUGAUGCACGGACGCAACAACGGUAAGAAACUGAUGGCCGUCCGCAUUGUGAAGCACGCCUUUGAAAUCAUCCACUUGCUCACUGGUGAAAACCCAUUGCAGGUUGUGGUCACUGCCAUCAUCAACUCUGGACCUCGUGAAGACUCCACCCGUAUCGGUAGGGCUGGUACAGUAAGGAGACAGGCCGUCGACGUGUCGCCCCUCCGUAGGGUAAACCAGGCUAUCUGGUUGCUCUGCACUGGUGCCCGUGAGGCUGCCUUCAGGAACAUUAAGACCAUCGCCGAGUGUUUGGCUGAUGAGCUUAUCAACGCCGCUAAAGGAUCCUCAAAUUCCUAUGCUAUCAAGAAGAAGGACGAACUUGAACGUGUCGCCAAAUCCAACCGUUAAUUUUAUAUAUUUACUGUUCUGUAUGGACGGCGUACGGAGCUAAUAAAAUUUUUUAAAAAUCAA